AAUCCCAUUCAUUCUGUUGCUGCUGCUCAUUCGAUCAUUUGGUCAAACAAGUUCAUUUAUCUCCCCAUGAAGCUGUAGUUAUCUCGCUCUUGCCAUCCCCCAAACCAUCUUACACACGUACAUAUACUCAUAAUGUCGGAUCCAUCGUCAUCGAGCCGCGCUUCUGGCAGUACCAAUGGCUCUCAAAGACCGAGCAAGAAUCUGAGGCAGAGAUUCAAGCAUCAAUUGGAGGAACUGGGGGACAAGGAGGAAGAGUUGAGCGUCAAACUCAAGCGGAGAGAGGACGGUCAUUUCAAGCUACUGGCGCCUGGAACGCCUUUUGACGAGAUUGACCUUAGCGAAUCAACCUUCUUCAAGCAUCAUGACGAAACGCCAAAGAAGACAUGGAGUAAAUGGCUGUUCGGUAGAAAGUUCUUCUUCCCAGCCGGUAUCAUCCUCGGUCUAUCCCUCGCUGUGUUCUUCAUGAAAGACUUUGGAGAGCUCCAGGCCGACUUGGUCGAAAUGUGGGCUACAAUGCCAUCCAAUUUCGACGUCAGCGAUUUAAUAUCGAAUCUGACACUCGUGGAUGACGCAAGGAAAGCACUAAAGAGUCGAGAUUUCGCAGUUGGGGAAAAGCUUCAGGAUGAACAUGGCCUAGAGAAGAAUCACCCAAUUAUUCUGAUCCCUGGAAUUGUGUCGACGGGCUUGGAAAGCUGGAGUACAGAGCCGGUGGCGAGAACAUUUUUCAGAAAGAGAUUAUGGGGUACUUCGACGAUGAUUAGGGCCGUCGUAACCAACAAAGAACGGUGGCUCCAGGCUCUGAGUGUUGAUCCUGACACUGGCCUCGAUCCGCCUGGGUUCAAGAUCAGAGCAGCACAGGGACUAGACGCGGCGUCCGAAUUCAUCCAGGGGUAUUGGAUCUGGCAGAAGAUCGUGGAGAAUCUCGCCAUGUUGGGAUACGACACCAAUUCGAUGGACAUGGCUGCUUAUGACUGGCGACUAUCUUAUUACAAUCUCGAAGUACGCGAUAGCUAUUUCUCACGUCUCAAGGCGCGAAUCGAGAUCAUGCGAAAGCAUAAUGGCAGAAAAGUUGUUCUGUGCUCUCACUCCAUGGGGGGUACCCUUGUCCUUUACUUCUUGAAAUGGGUCGAGAUGCAACCUGAUGCUAAUGGAUUUGGAGGUGGUGGAGGACCGGCUUGGGUUGAUGAAAACAUCGAGUCGUGGAUCAAUGUCGCCGGGUCAUUACUAGGGGUAUCGAAAGCCAUGACGGCGUUCUUGUCCGGAGAGAUGAGGGAUACAGUCGACAUGAAUCCGGUCGGAUCUUGGGUUCUAGAGAAGUUCUUCUCACGGAAAGAACGUGCCAAGCUAUUCAGACGAUGGCCAGGUGCGAGUUCCAUGUGGGUCAAGGGCGGCAACCGAAUCUGGGGCAAUACAGAAAUGGCACCGGACGACCCAGCCAAUGCAACUGACACGCACGGUCGUUUCCUCUCUUUCCGUCACCCUGAAGUCACCUCUGACGAGCGUAACCUCACCGCUUCCAACGUCUCGCCAAACUUGACCAUGAACGAGGCAAGCGCCUAUGUUCUUACGCAUACGCCAUUGCAUUUCCAAAAGAUGGUCCAAACAAAUUACUCUUAUGGCUUUGAGACGGAUCAAGAACAGCUAGAAGCAAAUGAUAAUGAUCACCGCAAGUGGACCAAUCCUUUGGAAGUCAAGCUACCCGCGGCUCCCAAGAUGAAGAUAUUCUGUCUCUACGGACACGGAAAGGAGACGGAGAGAUCUUACUGGUAUAUGCAGGGAGAAUACGAGCAAGACGAGUCAAAUCCAGACGCUAGGGGUCAAGAAGCCAUCUGCGAGGCAGAUAAUCUUGAAGGCUGUAACAAUCAGACUACAUCUAGGACACCGUUAGACUUUCCAUUGGCAAGACAACAAUGGAUUGAUACGGCCGUAUCUGUCCCUGGAGCCAUACCAGAAGUCCGAUCGGGCGUCAAGUUUGGUGACGGCGAUGGGACCAUUCCAGUGGUCAGUCUCGGCGCCAUGUGCGUCAAAGGAUGGAAAGGCAAGACUAGGUGGAAUCCAUCAGGCAUAGAGGUCGUCACUCAGGAAUACAAACACUCGCCAGAAUCGUUUGAUCUAAGAGGAGGAGCUCUGACUGCCGAUCACGUCGAUAUCCUCGGUGCAUCACCUUUGAACAGCGCCAUCUUAAAAAUCGCAGCUGGUCAAGGUCAUUUGGUAAAGCAACAAAUUGGAUCGGACAUUAUGGAGUAUGUAGACAGGAUGGAUUGGGAUUAGAUGGGGAAGCCUGGCGUAUCUGCUUGCCUUGCUUCGCUCGAUGAGCAUGAUGCUCACAAUCUAGAUCGGAUGAGACUUCCAGGAUUAAUGAUGGCAGAGAUAGACACAUACACAUACAGCAUUUCAUAAUAUGAGCAAAACGAUGGAUGCAUUGGACUGUUGAGGAG